AAACAAAACUGUCAAACAGCUUCUUUUGGGAGAUUUGCGUUGAAAAAUCUGCUUCGUCCGAAAUUCACUAGAAAAAUCUUCCCCUAAUAAAAGUCUAACAAGAUAUCGUAGACAAAUAAAAUUACAAAUUACAAAAUGAAGUGCGCAUUGAUGGUUGCUGAAAAACCGAGUUUGGCUCAAAGCUUGGCCCAGAUCCUGAGCAAUGGAAAGUGUUCGUCAAGGAAAGGUUCCAACAAUGCCUGCUCUGUGCAUGAGUGGGUUGGAAACUUUCAUGGCCAGCAGACGAGGUUCAAGAUGACAUCGGUGUGUGGGCAUAUAAUGGGACUUGAAUUUGUGGGCAAAUACAAUUCGUGGGAUAAGGUAGAUCCGGCGGAUCUAUUCACAUGUGCAACCGAGAAAAAGGAGUCAACGCCUAAUCUGAGAAUGCCGGCUUUUCUAAGCCAUGAGGCAAAAGGGUGUGACUAUCUGGUUCUGUGGCUAGAUUGCGACAAAGAAGGAGAAAAUAUUUGCUUCGAAGUAAUGGCAUCGGUAGCGAACACCAUUCCGAAUGUUUAUUCGAACCGGGUCACGUACCGAGCAAAAUUCUCCGCCAUUACCGAAAAAGACAUCAAAUAUGCCAUGGAAAAUCUCAUUCAACCCAAUGAAAACGAAGCCAAGUCGGUUGAUGCCCGACAGGAGCUGGACCUUCGCAUCGGGUGUGCCUUUACGCGCUUCCAAACCAAGUUUUUUCAGGGCAAAUAUGCCGAUCUCGAUGCAUCUUUAAUCAGCUACGGCCCUUGCCAGACCCCGACACUAACUUUGUGCGUUCAACGUCACGACGAGAUCCAAACAUUUAAGCCGGAAAGCUUCUGGUAUGUGCAGGUUACCGUUGGAGAAAAUCCCGAGAUAAAACUGGACUGGUCACGGGUAAGAAUCUUCGAAAAGGAGGUUGCCUGCAUGUUUUUAAACAAAGUCAAGGAUCACAAAGAAGCAAUCGUAGAAAAUGUAUCAUCCAAGGAAGCAUUCAAAGGCAGACCGCAGGCCCUCAAUACGGUAGAGCUGAUGAGAGCUGCCAGCGCAGGGCUCGGCAUUGGACCCCAUUCUGCUAUGCAAAUUGCUGAAAAACUCUACACCCGCGGCUACAUAAGUUAUCCUCGAACCGAAACAACUCAAUAUCCAACGAACUUUGAUCUAGUUGGCGUAGUCAAACUACUGCAACACUCGUCUGAGUUUGGUGAUGAAGCAAAAAGCAUUCUUCACGACAUGAAUAGUCCACGGAAGGGCAAUGACGCCGGAGAUCAUCCACCCAUCACGCCAAUGAAGCUGGCAUCACGCAACGAGCUGGAUGGUGGAGAUACAUUUAGGGUUUAUGACUACAUAUGUCGGCAUUUUUUGGCCACUGUGUCACGUGAUUUGAAAUAUCGCCAGACGAGCACUAAAUUUAAAAUCGGAAGCGAGCACUUUAGCAACACCUCUAACGUGUUGAUUGACCCAGGUUACACGAAGGUGAUGACUUGGCAAGCUUUCGCAAAGAACGAACUGGUUGUGCCAUUUAUCGUAAACGAAAAGGUUAAAAUAAACGACGUCCGCCUCGUAGAAAGCCAAACGGGACCCCCGGAUUACUUGACCGAGUCGGAACUCAUCUCUUUGAUGGAGAAACAUGGCAUCGGAACCGAUGCUAGUAUUCCAGUCCACAUAAAUAACAUAUGCCAGCGAAACUAUGUAGCCAUUGGUGGCGGACGAACUCUAACCCCGACAAAUUUAGGCAUUGUGCUAGUUCACGGAUAUCAGAAGAUCGAUCCCGAGCUAGUGCUGCCCACAAUGCGUUCAGCCGUUGAGCAACAGUUGAGCUUAAUUGCACAUGGUUCAGCCGAUUAUCGUUCCGUCCUCAAGCACGCGGUGGAAAUUUUUCGCCUAAAAUUUCUAUACUUUGUGCAAAAUAUCAGCAACAUGGACAUUCUAUUCGAAGCCACCUUUUCAUCGCUCAGCUCGUCGGGAAAAGCUCUGUCACGCUGUGGCAAGUGCCGACGAUACAUGAAAUACAUUCAAUCGAAGCCCUCUCGUCUGCACUGCUCGACGUGUGACGAAACGUACACCAUGCCGGUAAAAGGAGUGGUACGAGUUUACCGCGAAUUAAAGUGUCCGCUCGAUGAUUUCGAAUUGCUCGCUUGGUCUAAUGGUGCCAAAGGCAAGAGCUAUCCAUUGUGUCCCUACUGUUACAACCAUCCCCCCUUCAGGGAUAUGGCGAAGAAUUCCGGCUGCAACAGCUGUCCCCAUCCGACGUGUGCUCACUCGUUAACCUUACUUGGUGUCUCCAGUUGCAUUGAGUGUGACCGCGGCAUCCUCGUGCUGGAUUGCACCAGUUCUCCAAAGUGGAAACUCGUGUGUAACUUUUGCGACGUUAUUAUCAACUGUUUCGACGAUGCUGUAAAGGUCAACGUUGAAGCCGAAUCUUGUGACGAGUGUGGUGCCCAGCAAGUGACGGCUAUUUAUAAAACCGAAACGCCGUUCAAAGACGACAUUACUGAGAAAAAGGGAUGCAUAUUUUGCUUUCCUGAUUUUGUUCCUCUGGUGGAGAAGCACAAAGCUGUCGAAAUGCGCCGUGGCCAAGGUGGUCGAGGCCGUGGCCGUAGCUUGCGUGGUCGCGGUGGUAAGAGCGGAAGAGGACGCAACAAGCCUCCGAAGGAUAAGAUGGCCCAACUAGCGGCCUAUUUCGUGUAGACUACAAAUGAAUCUACUUUUCAUCUAAAAAAACAUCUCUAUGCAAAGAGAAUUGUCAUGCAUGUGUGAAAUAUAUUAUCUUCCUUACCGUCAGCAAGGGUGACAUUUUGUCUAACUGAUCCCCUGCUGACUGCU